AGCCCCGAACCCCCAAACCCUUUUUUCUCAUAUUCUCACAGUGAGACACCAAACUACCAGCAGCUGCAGCACAAUGGCGGGGCUUGUACCUCCAGGUGCGACCAUCAACACUGACCCUUCCAACGCUAAAUCCAAAGAAGAUGAAAAAGUCGAUUACUUCAACUUGCCUUGCCCGAUUCCCUACGAGGAAAUCCACCGCGAAGCAUUAAUGUCUUUGAAGCCGGAGCUUUUUGAGGGGUUGCGCUUUGAUUUUACUAAAGGACUUAAUCAGAAAUUCUCACUAAGUCAUAGUGUGUUCAUGGGACCAAUAGAAGUUCCUUCUCAUCAAACUACUGAUGCACUUAAAGUCCCAACUGCUCAUUAUGAGUUUGGUGCUAACUACAUAGACCCAAAGUUGAUGCUUAUUGGGAGGGUUUUGACGGAUGGUAGACUAAGCGCUAGGGUGAAAUGUGAUUUGACUGAUAAUCUUUCAUUGAAGGCUAAUGCUCAGCUAACUAAUGAGGAUCAUAUGUCACAUGGCAUGAUCAACUUUGAUUACAAGGGUAAAGACUACAGGUCCCAGUUUCAGUUUGGAAAUGGUGCCCUACUUGGAGCCAGUUACAUCCAGAGUGUGACCCCACGUUUGUCUUUGGGUGGUGAAGUAUUUUGGGCUGGUCAACAUCGGAAGUCGGGUAUUGGUUAUGCUGGUCGAUAUGAAACAGACAAGAUGGUUGCCACAGGACAAGUUGCUAGCACUGGAAUGGUUGCUCUAAGCUAUGUUCAGAAGUUAUCAGAGAAGGUUUCUCUAGCAUCAGAUUUCAUGUACAACUACAUGUCAAGAGAUGUCACUGCUAGUGUCGGUUAUGAUUACAUCCUUAGACAGUGUCGUCUCCGAGGGAAGAUUGAUUCAAAUGGUUGCACUGCUGCUUAUCUUGAGGAGCGACUAAAUAUGGGCCUCAAUUUUAUUCUUUCUGCUGAGAUAGAUCAUAGGAAGAAAGACUACAAAUUCGGGUUUGGGCUGACAGUAGGGUGAAGAAUUGGAAAAGCUGAGUGAUGUAUUAUUACUUUCAUUCAUAUAAGCUCAUUGUUGCCAGCAACUCAGCAGAGUUGUGCUUCUGCUUCAACUUCAACCUUACCUACUUCUGUUUGAAAAUCAUAAAAUCCAUUCUAUACUGUCUUUUGAGUUACGAAUCCUUAAUGGGGUAGUGUCAGCUGGUGCAACAGUUUUAGAGCCUCAUUUAUUGGUUUUUCUUGAAAUCAUUUUGUUCUCCUGUCAGAGGUGUAGAAUUUUUAUCAAUGCAAGUAGAGAGAUUUUAUUUUAUCUGGAUGUAUGGAUUCGGAUUGAGAGAAAUGGGAAUGUUUUCCCUUCAAGAA